GUAGCGUAACCAUGACAAUCUAAUAACAUCUCCCUUCACAUUGUCAAAUACCAUUAUAUUUACAAGGCUUUUUACGUUAUUUUCAUUUCAUUUGCGUUUUGAUUCAAUUUAAUCCCAAGAUGGACGACGAAGAAGAUUUUGGUGGAGCGAUGGUCAUAGCUUCAGAGACUACAGAGGCUGAAAAGGAAUUCGAAAAGGUAUUGGAACAAUUGCGAGAAGCCGAAGGACUGAAGUUGUAUUCCGAUGUGUAUACAAAACUGUACGACUCCUACUACAAGCUUAAGGAAGAAAAUGUGACGCAUAUGGAAGAAGUUCACUCUCUCAGAGCAAAACUCAGUCGCUUUGACGACACCGUGACAGACUACCUCGCCGAGAUUUCUGAAGCUAAUAAGACAAUUGAAAAACUGCGUAGCGAUAUAAACGAGGCGCGAGCAUUGGCAGACGCGAUGCAUGCACGAGAACUGCAGAGCGUGGAAAGUUUGGAAACUAUGAAGAAAACGGUGACCAGAUUAGAAAAAGAGUUGGACGCUAGGAAAAAAGCUGGAGAUGACGACGCUGGAGCAACAUCAGCGGUGAAAGAGAAGGAGAAAUUUGAAAAAGAGAAGGCGCGUCUCCAAGGCGAGCUGGACGGCAUUAGGCUGAGGUUAACCAACGCGCUGAGCUAUCAAGAGGAACUGGAACAACAGAACAACGAGGGCGCCGAGACGAUAGCAAAGUUGGAAGAGCAGCUAGAGGAAGCGGAUAACAACGCUGUAAGACAAAAUCGUCUAGUGGAUCAUUUAAAAGGAGAAAGCGAUACGCUGAAAGCCGAGGUCGAAAACAGAGGAAUAGCUAUGGGAAAUCUCAACGAUAAGUUAGCAAAAGCAGACAAGACUAUAGAACGCAGAGACAAGCAGCUGCGUGACAUGACUAACAAGUUGGAGACAGCCCAGCAGGAACAAGAGGCCGCUUCGGCAAAGGCAGCACAAUUAAGAGAACAAUUGGACUCUACCAAUGCUGAAUUCGACAAAACUAAGCAGACGUUGAUCAAAACCACCAAGGAAUUAAAGAACAUGACAGACGAAGGAACUAAAUUGCGAAAUGAAGUAACAAAAUUAAAUAAACAAGCAGCGCAACAGAUGAAAAAAUUUCAACUCCUCGAACAAGCCAAGGCGAAUACGGAAUCAGAUCGUGAGAGACUUCGGCAGCAGGUAAGCGUGAUGGAGCGAGAAAUCAUGUUGAGUAAGAAACAAGCCGAGUCCGAUAAACGAGAAAUUGAAAAUCUGAACAGAGAGAAGGAUAUAUUAAACAAGAAUAUGCAAAAAAUACAGAAUGAAGCGUUGGAGAACCUGCAGAUGCUGAAUCUCCAGGAGCAGCGACGCAAGCAGCUCGAACACGAGCUGGAAAUGAACGAAGCGCAGAUCACCAAGCAACGGCUCCUCAUACGACAACUCGAAAAGGAUAAAGACAGAAUGCUAGAAGAGACAAUUGCACUGAAUGAGAAAAUAGACGAAAUUUCAGAGGAAGUCCGUCUUCGUACGGCUGAUAUUCUGGACCUAAAGAAAGCACUGCGCGAGGAGACGAUCAAGUCGCGGAAACUGUCGGUGGCGCUGGACGCGACGAGGGCCGAGAGAAACAUGCUGCACAAGAACUACACCGAAGCGCUCGACGAGAUAUCCGAUCUGAAACAGAAACUUAAGAUGCUGGCAUAUCAAAUUGAGCAGCUUAAAGAAGAUAUAAGCGGCAAGGAAGCAGGCCUGAAGACGUGUGAAGGCACACUCGCAAAAUGCAACAAGAAGAAUGAACAACUCCGCUCCGAAGUACAGGCUGGACUAGCGAAACUGUCUGAAGCAAGAGCAGAUAUCGCCGCUCUUAAGCAAGAAGAAGCGCGACUUAAUAGAAUUGUACAGGAAGGCGACACGGCCCGUGCCAAGUUGACUAAGGACUUAGAAGGGCUGAUGAAUGAGAGAGACGUGGUGGGAGCCCAGCUGGUGCGAAGAAACGAUGAAAUUUCCUUACUUUAUGAAAAGAUACGGAUAUUAGAAAUCACUCUUCAUAGAGGUGAACGUCAAUAUGAACAGCGUAUUGAAGAUAUCCGUCUGCUGCGCUUGGAGAUCAUUAGGCUUCGGAAAGAGAAAAAUCUUUUGUCCAAAGGGAUUGAGAACAUGACGGAUUUACGACUCGAGGUGUUUAAUCUAGAAAGGGAGCUAGGUCGCGAACGUCUCCGAGUGCGUGCCUUAGAAGAGGCUCUCGAGUCUCCUCUCAACGUGCACCGCUGGAGGAAGUUGCAAGGCACGGACCCUGAGAGCAUAGAGCUCACACAAAAAUUACGGCUCACGCAAAAGAAGGUGCUUGCUCAAAGUGAGAUGUUGGUGCUCAAAGAUCGCGAGCUAAAGGAAACACGCAAUUUGUACAGCGCGGUAAAGGAUAUACUGGCUUUACAGCCCAGCCCUGAGAUACAGAUAGUUUUGAACCGCACACAACGGGCUCUGGCACAGAGAACGACUAAAUUGAAAUGCCUAGUGGCUGAGAUGAGCAUGCGCGAGCGUCAAGUAACCGACCUACGUCUCGACUUAGAGCGAGUGAAUGGCGAGCUGCAUUCUUUCAAACAAAAGUAUUACGAAAUGAAAAGAGCUUUGGAUGCCGAAGAGACUCGAAGAUUGAAACUGGUGUCACCACCUGGUGCCAAUACGCCAAAUUAGAUACGUGCUUGUGAUACGAUGACAUGUCGAAAAUGUUUGUGGCCAUUGCUGUGAAUGUUGUGGGUAGUCAAAGUACUAAUAUCGAGGACAAGCCGAAGGUUGAAAUACAGAAUAAUAUUGAUUUAUAAUUAUAGUGAUUUCGCUGUUUUUAAAGUAUUGAAAUUGCUUCGCCAGUAAAUACAAAUUCAAAGGA